GUAUGUCUCAGAUCCAAAUUCUGCAAAGAAGAUCCAGCGUCCUGCUCAUCGCUGCCACCCAUGAGGCCGGUUGCAGCCUUGAUUAGUUUGCCUGGGUACACCACUGAAAAAGAGGGACUCGAAUUCCCCUAGAAACGUCCCCCACCCCGGGCUUGGAGGUGCUGCUGGAGGGGACCUGGAGGAGCAGGCAGCUAGGACAGAGGACAGAGGUGCUGCAGACCGAGCGGUGAAGGCGCUGGGCAAUCAGGGUUGGAGAGCCGGGAGAGGCAGGACAGAGGAACCCGCGCUGCGCCCCAGACCCGCUGGUGGCAUCAGUGGCACUUGGCUGGCUGGCUGACCCUGGACUGCGUUCUCAGCACCAUGGUCCGGAUCCUCGUCUGGGUCUUCUUUCCAGCUAUCUUUUUGGAGAUGACCCUCCUCUCCAGCAGCCCAGGACGGAAAGUGUCUUUGGCAGGAGCAACAUCUCAGCGUUCAGUGGCCAGAAUGGAUGGGGAUGUCAUCAUUGGGGCUCUCUUCUCAGUCCACCACCAACCCCCUGCUGAGAAGGUGCCCGAGAGGAAAUGUGGAGAGAUCAGGGAGCAGUAUGGCAUCCAAAGGGUCGAGGCCAUGUUCCACACGUUGGAUAAGAUCAACGCGGACCCCGUCCUCCUGCCCAACAUCACCCUGGGCAGUGAGAUCCGGGACUCUUGCUGGCACUCCUCCGUGGCUCUGGAACAAAGCAUUGAGUUCAUCAGGGACUCCCUAAUUUCCAUUCGGGAUGAAAAAGAUGGGCUCAACCGGUGUGUGCCUGAUGGCCAGUCCCUCGCUGCAGGCAGGACUAAGAAGCCCAUCGCAGGCGUGAUCGGCCCAGGCUCUAGCUCUGUAGCCAUCCAAGUGCAGAACCUGCUCCAACUCUUUGACAUCCCCCAGAUUGCUUAUUCCGCCACAAGUAUCGACCUGAGUGACAAAACUUUGUACAAAUACUUCCUGAGGGUCGUACCCUCUGACACUUUGCAGGCCAGGGCGAUGCUUGACAUAGUCAAACGUUACAAUUGGACCUAUGUCUCUGCAGUCCACACAGAAGGGAAUUAUGGAGAAAGUGGAAUGGAUGCUUUCAAAGAGCUGGCUGCCCAGGAAGGUCUCUGCAUCGCCCAUUCAGACAAAAUCUACAGCAAUGCUGGAGAGAAGAGUUUUGACAGACUGUUGCGCAAACUUCGAGAGCGACUUCCCAAGGCCAGGGUGGUGGUGUGCUUCUGCGAAGGCAUGACUGUCAGAGGCCUCCUGAGUGCCAUGCGGCGCCUUGGUGUGGUGGGAGAAUUCUCACUCAUUGGAAGUGAUGGAUGGGCAGACAGAGAUGAAGUCAUUGAAGGUUAUGAAGUGGAAGCCAACGGGGGAAUCACCAUAAAACUACAAUCUCCAGAAGUCAGGUCAUUUGACGACUAUUUCCUGAAACUGAGACUAGAAACUAAUAAGAGGAAUCCCUGGUUCCCUGAGUUCUGGCAACAUCGGUUCCAGUGCCGUCUACCUGGACACAGUCUGGAAAAUCCCAAUUUUAAAAAAAUCUGCACAGGCAAUGAAAGCUUGGAAGAAAACUAUGUCCAAGACAGCAAGAUGGGGUUUGUCAUCAAUGCCAUCUAUGCUAUGGCACACGGGCUGCAAAAUAUGCACCAGGCCCUCUGUCCUGGCCAUGUGGGGCUCUGCGAUGCCAUGAAGCCUAUUGAUGGCAGAAAACUCCUGGACUUCCUCAUCAAGUCUACAUUUAUUGGCGUGUCUGGAGAGGAGGUGUGGUUUGAUGAGAAAGGGGAUGCUCCAGGGAGGUAUGACAUCAUGAAUCUACAGUACACUGAUGCUAACCGCUAUGACUAUGUGCAUGUUGGGACCUGGCAUGAGGGAGUGCUGAACAUCGAUGAUUACAAAAUCCAGAUGAACAAGAGUGGAAUGGUCCGAUCUGUGUGCAGUGAGCCUUGCUUAAAGGGUCAAAUUAAGGUCAUUCGGAAAGGAGAAGUGAGUUGCUGUUGGAUAUGCACAGCUUGUAAAGAGAAUGAGUUUGUUCAAGAUGAGUUCACCUGCAAAGCUUGUGAAUUGGGCUGGUGGCCCAAUGCUGAGCUAACAGGUUGUGAACCCAUUCCUGUGCGUUACCUUGAAUGGAGUAAUAUCGAAUCCAUCAUAGCCAUCGCCUUUUCCUGCCUGGGGAUUCUCGUGACCUUAUUUGUGACCCUCAUCUUUGUGCUCUACCGAGACACACCGGUGGUCAAGUCGUCCAGCCGGGAGCUCUGCUACAUUAUUUUGGCAGGGAUCUUCCUUGGCUAUGUGUGCCCUUUCACUCUCAUUGCUAAACCUACCACCACAUCAUGCUACCUCCAGCGCCUCCUGGUUGGCCUCUCCUCUGCCAUGUGCUACUCUGCUCUAGUCACCAAAACCAAUCGCAUCGCCCGCAUCUUAGCUGGCAGCAAGAAGAAAAUCUGCACCCGCAAGCCCAGAUUUAUGAGUGCCUGGGCCCAAGUUAUCAUUGCCUCCAUUCUAAUUAGCGUGCAGCUAACUCUGGUGGUGACUCUGAUUAUCAUGGAGCCUCCCAUGCCCAUUCUAUCCUACCCAAGUAUCAAGGAAGUCUACCUGAUCUGUAAUACCAGCAACCUGGGUGUGGUGGCCCCUGUGGGCUACAAUGGGCUCCUCAUCAUGAGCUGCACCUACUAUGCCUUCAAGACCCGCAACGUGCCCGCCAAUUUCAAUGAGGCCAAAUAUAUCGCCUUCACUAUGUAUACCACCUGUAUCAUCUGGUUGGCUUUCGUGCCCAUCUACUUUGGAAGCAACUACAAGAUCAUCACCACCUGCUUUGCUGUGAGCCUCAGUGUCACAGUGGCCCUGGGGUGCAUGUUCACUCCCAAGAUGUACAUCAUUAUUGCCAAGCCGGAGAGGAAUGUCCGCAGUGCCUUCACCACUUCUGAUGUUGUCCGCAUGCAUGUUGGUGAUGGCAAACUGCCCUGCCGCUCCAACACCUUCCUCAACAUCUUCCGGAGGAAGAAACCUGGGGCAGGGAAUGCCAAUUCUAACGGCAAGUCAGUGUCAUGGUCCGAAGCCGGUGGAAGGCAGGUGCCCAAGGGGCAGCACAUGUGGCAGCGCCUCUCUGUGCACGUGAAGACCAACGAGAUAGCCUGCAACCAGACGGCUGUCAUCAAACCCCUCACUAAGAGUCACCAAGGCUCAGGCAAGAGCCUCACCUUCUCUGACACCAGCACCAAGGCCCUUUACAACGUGCGGGAAGAAGAGGCGCUGCCCGUGGCCUUCAGCCCUCCCAACAGCAGCCCUUCCAUGGUGGUCCACCGCAGGGUGCCCACCACCGCGCCCAGCACCCCUCCUCUGCCCCCGCACCUCACCUCUGAGGACACCCCACUCUUCCUGGCCGACCCGGGGCUCCCCAGGGGGCUGCCCCCACCCCCGCAGCAGCCGGCCCAGCCCAAACCACUGCUGGACCAGCUCCAGGCUGUGGCCAACAACUUCAGCAGCACCAUCCCCGACUUCAACGCGGUGCUCCCAGGCCAGGGGGGUCCAGGGAAUGGGGUGCGGUCCCUAUAUGCAGCCCCCCAGGCGGCUCCCCAGCACCUCCAGAUGUUGCCCUUGCCUCUGAGCACUUUCGGGGAGGAGUCCACUUCUCUGCCUGCUGCCCAGGAGGAGGAGGAGGACGAGGAGGAGGAAGAGGAUGACAGCGAGCGUUUCAAGUUGCUCCAGGAGUACCUGUACGAGAGGGAGGGCAACACAGAGGAAGAUGAGCUUGAGGAUGAUGAUGAGGAUGGCUUGCAGGCCACGGGCAAGGGCACCCCGGAGGAGUCGCCCGCCCUCACCCCACCAUCUCCUUUCCGCGACUCUGUGGCAUCAGGCAGUUCAGUGCCCAGCUCCCCAGUAUCCGAGUCGGUGCUCUGCAGCCCCCCCAAUGUCACCUACGCCUCGGUCAUCCUGAGGGACUAUAAGCAAAGCUCCUCCACCCUGUAGGGGAGAGGCAUUGGGUGGAGAAGACAGGCAAGGCAGAGGCUGUGCAGAGAGGUGGGAACCAGGAGCAGGUGCAUAGGGUGUAGGGCCAGAGCAGAGAGGGGUUUUUUGCACCCACAUAACUCUCCUGUCAAAUCCCCUGGUUGGAACAUCUCUCUGGGAGCAAGGGCGCUUGGCAGAGCCUCUAGUAAGUAGGUAGAGUAGAGAAGUCUCGCCCCAGGCCAAGAAGUAGCUGGUCUUUGCCACCUGCGUGCUUUGCAUGGGUGUGCUUGGCCAUUUCUGGGCACACAUGGCUGGCUUGCAAAGGGACAAGUCACUCCUGUCCUUUGUUCACCCACUAAGAGUCAUCCUGAGAGAGGAGGAAACAGAGAAUUUGGUGAGGCAGGAUAGGACCCCUGCACAUGCCCUCUAAGGACAGACCUAUGAAAUGAUAGUACCUCCACUUUCUCCUGUCCUCCUUGCUGGCCCCAGACACCAGGUCUCUAGGAUACUCAAGUCUUUCUUCUCCGCUGCACCCACUCGACAGCACUCCUGCGGGGUCAAACUUGGAGGAUGGGUCUGGACACCUCGCUGCUGUGCUGUGCUGUGAUUUCCCCUUCCUUUAUUCAUUUCGAAAAAACAAGUCAGUGUGAAAUGAUCACCCCCAAGUGCGCUUUCUGGGGAGUGACCUGGAUAACAGAGUGAGAACAAGAUGGGCAUAAGCAAGAGGCAUUGACUCAAGUCAGACCACACCAUUAGCUUGCCACCUUGGAUACUCACUUGUCUCUAGGUGGGUUUGGAAAAAUGUCAGAGUAAGAGAUUUGUUUGGAGAAGGGCAGAAAGCCUUUGGAAGAUCAAUUUGUGUUUUGUGCCAAGGAGUUUCUUCUUUGCCGUUCAGAUAAAGAAAACAGACAUGUUGCAAAAGCAUUACCUUCCCUUUACUAUAGCAAAUAAGACUUACCUUCUAACAUGCAGUUUGUGUUUUGGAUGCCAUUGUUUCUCCCGUGUACUGCAGAAACAAAUCCAUCUUUGCACUCUAUGGUGUUACUCAUAGCAACUAUUACUGGUUUAAUGACAAGUAAUUCUUCCCUAUUGUCCCUGAAGUUCCCGUAACUAGUGAGUGAGUGUGCCCCUGUGUCUUCAUAUACACAUAAUAGUAAACUUUGUGCAAUGUAAUGUCAAUCUAACUGCAAUUAGAAAAGUGUCUUUGGCUAUAGAAUAGAUACUUUUCUGUUUCAAUAUUGUUUAUAUGUCACAGUCACCAAAACCUAUAGUAAGUCUUCAGAGGUUUGAGUGCUGCGGUUUAAUGUUUCCCAUACGUAACUCAAAGGGUCCUCCUUCUUCUCAGAGGAGACUUAUUUUCAGAUACUUUAUGAUGUAGACAUUUAUCUUUAAUGAGGUGAUUUGACAAUUUGUUCCAUUAAAAGUUUAUGAAAAUGGUGGCUAACAA